GAGAGACGGCGUUGUUUUGGGCAGUGAGGAUAGAUGAUAUGAACCUUGUUCGUCUGUUGAUAAAGCACGGAGCCAAUGUCAACGUACAGAAUAAGGUUGGGCAAACACCUUUGCACUAUGCAGCCCUGAAAAACAGUGUGGGUGUUGUUCGUGUGCUGCUGGAGAAGGGCGCUAAUGUCAAUGUACAGGAUAAGGAUGAGAGGACACCUUUGCACUGUGCAGCACUCAAUAACAGUGUGGGUGUUGUUCAUGUGCUGCUGGAGAAGGGCGCUGAUGUCAAUGUACAGGAUAAGGAUGGGAAGACACCUUUGCACUGUGCAGCUCUUAAAAACAGUGUGGAUGUUCUUCGUUUGCUGCUAGAGAAGGGUACUGAUGUGAAUGUACAGGAUAAGGAGGGGAGGACCGCUUUGGACAUCGCGUCAGAGUGCAACCGUAAGGGCGUUGUUAAAGUGCUGUUGAAAAAGGCUGAGGAUGCCAGUGUACAGGAUAAGGAAGGAGAAACGGCUGUACAUUGGGCAGUGCUUAAAAAUAAUGUGGAUCGUAUCCGUCAGAUUGUGGAACUGGGCGAGGAUACGAGCAUUCAGGAUGGGAAGACGCCACUGCUUGUAGCUCUGAGGGCAAAUAAUCUUGAUCUUGUUCGUCUGUUGGUAGAGAGAGGCGCUGACGUCAAUGUACAGAAUGAGGAAGGAGAGACUGUAUUGUUUGGGGCGAUGAGGACAGGUGAUUUGAACCUUGUUCGUCUGUUGAUAAAUCACGGAGCCAAUGUCAACGUACAGAAUAAGGAUGGAAAGACGCCUUUGCUUUUAGCCCUGAGGGCAAAUAAUCUGGAUCUUGUUCGUCUGUUGGUACAGAGAGGCGCUGACGUCAAUGUACAGAAUGAGGAAGGAGAGACAGUUUUGUUUUGGGCGAUGAGGACAGGUGAUUUGAACCUUGUUCGUCUGUUGAUAAAUCACGGAGCCAAUGUCAACGUACAGAAUAAGGAUGGAAAGACGCCUUUGCUUUUAGCCCUGAGGGCAAAUAAUCUGGAUCUUGUUCGUCUGUUGGUAGAGAGAGACGCUGAUGUCAGUAUACAGAAUGAGGAAGGAGAGACGGCGUUGUUUUGGGCAGUGAAGAUGGAUGAUAUAAAACUUGUUCGUCUGUUGACUGAGCACAGAGCCAAUGUCAACGUACAGAAUAAGAAAGGAGAGUCGGCUGUUCAUUGCGCAGUGCGUAAAAAUAAUGUGGAUCUUGUCCGUCAGAUUGUGGAUCUGGGCGGGGAUAUCAACAUUCGGAAUAAGGAUGGGAAGACGCCUUUGCUUUUAGCCCUGAGGGCAAAUAAUCUGGAUCUUGUUCGUCUGUUGGUAGAGAGAGGCGCUGAUGUCAAUGUACAGAAUGAGGAAGGAGAGACGGCGUUGUUUUGGGCAGUGAAGAUAGAUGAUAUGGACCUUGUUCGUCUGUUGAUUGAGCACGGAGCCAAUGUCAACGUACAGAAUAAGAAAGGAGAGUCGGCUGUUCAUUGGGCAGUGCGUAAAAAUAAUGUGGAUCUUGUCCGUCAGAUUGUGGAUCUGGGCGGGGAUAUUAACAUUCGGAAUAAGGUGAGUUGUUGUUGUUUUGGAAACACACAUUGUACAUACGUGACGAUCUACAUGUAACAUUGUGAAAUCCCUGCGGUCUUA